CUGGCCUUCGCCCUUCAACCCCAAUCUUGGAGGGCUGGCUAUAAGAGAAUAACUGUAUUACAAUGAUUCCUGAUAGAAAGGAUAGUUCCGUUACACAUAUAUUAUUUCUUGUACAAAACGCCUCAAUAUUUUUAGCCCACUACGUACCUAGGUACCUAAUACAAUCGUGUCUCUUCGGAUCAAUUCCUAGUAUUCGUCGACAUGGGAGUUCCAGGUUUCACACGAGAGCUAGUCUUGUCAAAAACAUUCAAAACUACAGCGAGUUUCAUACGGCCUUUCAUCCUUUUGGUGCUUGUAUUCUGGACUAUUCGGAACUAUGAUUGGUCUAUGGCAGCGGCACCUAAUAUAAUCGCUGAAAAUAAUGGAAAAUCAUGGCAAGAUGCUGUAACCUGGGACGAACACUCGUUGUAUAUAAAAGGAGAAAGGGUUAUGAUUAUGAGUGGCGAGUUUCACCCCUGGAGAUUGCCCGUCCCAUCAUUGUGGCUUGACAUUUUUCAGAAGGUCAAGGCGAUGGGGUUUAAUUGCGUCUCUUUCUAUAGUAACUGGGCCUUAUUAGAAGGGAAACCUGGCAAUUUUUCAGCCGAGGGAGUGUUUGCCUACGAACAAUUCUUUGAAGCUGCGACUAAGGCUGGCGUCUAUCUCAUUGCACGACCUGGUCCUUACAUCAAUGCCGAAGUUACUUUCGGCGGAUUUCCCGGCUGGCUCCAACGUGUUAAGGGGCAUCUUAGGACACCAGAUGAAGAUUAUUUAGCAGCCACGGACAACUAUGCUGCCCAAAUCGGUGCUAUAAUCGCUCGCGCACAAGUUACUAACGGCGGUCCUGUUAUAUUAUAUCAGCCCGAGAAUGAAUACACAGUCGGGGUCUCGAUCCCUUUCCCCAGUGGCAAGUACAUGCAAUAUGUCGAGGAUCAAGCCCGGAAUGCGGGCAUUGUUGUACCCCUUAUCAGUAAUGACGCCGUCGCGCUUGGUCGCAAUGCUCCUGGUACGGGGUUAGGUGAAGUCAACAUCUACGGGCAUGAUGCGUAUCCGGUUAUGUUUGAUUGUGGAAACCCUUCCACUUGGCCGCCCCUGGCUCUGUCAGGAACUUACCAUCAAAUCCACGAAUUACAGAGCCCUUCGACCCCUUUCUCGUUAGUCGAAUUCCAAGGUGGUGCCUAUGAUCCGUGGGGUGGCCCAGGAUUUAAUAACUGUGCCGCGUUUAUUAAUCACGAGUUUGAACGAGUCUUCUUCAAGAAUAACUUCGCUGCGGGCACCACUAUCCAUAAUAUCUAUAUGAUCUACGGUGGUACGAAUUGGGGCAACAUCGGACAUCCGGGUGGCUAUUCGUCUUAUGACUAUGGUGCAGCUAUAUCCGAAGAUCGGACAGUCACAAGAGAGAAAUAUUCAGAAUUAAAGCUUGAAGCUGAAUGUUUGAAGGUGUCACCAGACUAUUUGACUGCUCAGCCAGGGACUGCUCUAGUUUGGACAUACGCCACCAAUGCAGCAGUUACUGUGACGAGACUUGGUGGCAACAGUACACUAGGUAGCGCGUCGUUUUUUAUCGUCCGACAUAGCGACUAUUCCAGCACUGCUUCGGAUAACUACACGAUGAAGCUGCCUACGUCGGAAGGUGAUCUAUCUAUUCCCACAUUAUUUGACACGCUUACCCUUCACGGCAGGGAUUCGAAGAUUGUGGUCACUGACUAUGACGUACGAGGGAUUCGACUUUUAUACUCGACCGCUGAGAUUUUAACCCAUCAGAGUUUUCAAAACGCGACGGUAUUACUUGUAUAUAGUGGACCAAACGAAAUGAACGAGCUCGCAGUGAAAAUUGCUGGUCGCACUCUGGUCGUGCCGGACCAUUCUAUCAAGAUUAACAGGACGGAAGGACUCCUCACUCUAGCUUGGACAACUUCCCCAACAAGGAGGAUCGUUCAGAUUGACGAUUUUCAUAUUUAUAUUUUAGACCGGAAUUCUGCUUACAACUAUUGGGUACCCGAAACCAACACGUCUUCUUCGUUAAUUAUAAAUGGGCCAUAUCUUGUCAGAUCUGCUUCUAUCGGGAAUGAUACGCUCUCCGUCUUCGCAGAUUUCAAUAGGUCGACGAUUUUCGAAGUCAUCGGGGCUCCCAGAGAUACAGCUACGUUAAUUAUAAAUGGGAAGAAGACAAGUUUUGACAUUCAGGACGAACGAAUAAUAACCAACAUCUCAUAUUCGGCUCCAUUACUUAACAUCCCUCUAUUAUCCGAAUUAUCAUGGACCUAUAUUGAUUCGCUUCCCGAAAUUCAGGCGAACUAUGAUGAUUCUGCAUGGGUAGCUGCAGAUCACCAAUCUACCAACAAUUCAUACCAGAUUCUACAGACACGGACCUCGCUCUUCGCCGGAGACUACGGGUUUCAUGCUGGAAUUCUACUAUUCAGGGGUCAUUUCACCGCCAAGGGCACCGAGAGGUCCUUCAAGAUCAAGACUCAAGGAGGCACUGCACAUGGCCACUCGGUUUGGCUGAAUGACAAUUUUCUAGGGUCAUGGAUCGGGAGCGCUAGCAAGUCGAAUUACGACGCUACCUACGAGCUGCCAGGUCUCACCAAAGGAGAACUGUACGUCUUAACGAUCAUCAUCGACCACAUGGGACUAGACGGCAACUACGUACCGGGCAUCGAUACUGGCAAAGCGCCUCGCGGAGUUCUCAACUACCGCCUCGCGAGUUCUCUAAUCGACUCUACCCCCAUAAACUGGAAAAUCACCGGAAAUUUCGGAGGUGAAGACUAUGUCGACCGCGUGCGGGGUCCUCUGAACGAGGGUGGGCUUUACGUCGAAAGACAGGGUUAUCACCAGCCUCGACCACCUAUCCAGAACUUUACCACCGGCUCGCCGUUCUCUCCGCCGAAUAAGCCGGGCAUAUCGUACUACACGGCGCCGCUUUCGCUCGACCUACCUUCCGACACCUACGAUAUCCCGCUCUCCUUCACUUUCCGUAACGUCGCUGGCGGGGCCGCGCGCAUCCAGCUCUACGUGAACGGGUGGCAGUUCGGCAAGUUCAUCGGCCACAUCGGACCGCAGACAAACUUUCCCGUUCCCGAGGGGAUCCUAAAUUAUAACGGGGAGAAUUGGAUCGGGUUGGCGAUAUGGCGCAUGGAGGAGAGCGACCAGGCACCUGUUCUUGAAGUUACGCUUGACGCCGGCGUGCCGGUUUUGACGGGACGCGAGCCUGUUGUUUUGGUCGAGAGCCCGACGUGGUCACCGCGCGAGGGAGCGUACUGACCAACGCUUCAUUGAUGCCAAUGGAUCCAUGAAUUCUAUAUUUAGAUGAGAAUAUUGCCCCCUAAGAUUAUCGAUCGCAAGAAUUUUUAUUAUUAGAAUAACAGUGUGUGAGGAAGAUGAGUGCCCUCUUCGUCGUGUUUUUAAUAAAUUCUCGAGGCUACUUCUUGGGUGAAAAACUCGACGAUGAAGGCCAAGGCCGGGAUCACGAUUCCAUGAUCGUUUUAUGGUGACGCAAGGGAGAGUGAAGGUACUCAAAGCGCAAAUAGGGUGUCCCCUGUUGUCCACAGAGGUUUUCGAUUGGUCCACUAACCAUCAAAUUACCUAUUCUGGUUUCUCAUACUUCUCGUCUGCAUCUACGCGUCUCCAUAUUACGCCGAAUAUAGGUACUAUACUAACUACAAUGGUAGUGACGUGACGUGAAUGUGGGGAUCCGCGAGGGUUCAUGGAUAGCGGUUGUUCUUAUCUAUAGCUUCAUAGGUAAUGAGGUCCCAUGUUGAAUUUGUCAGCCUAUGAGCUGCAGGCUUCGUUCCUAGGGAUGUCAUUUGUAGAUGCUGUAGCGACCAGACCAAUGGUUAGAGGAGCGAUAUCGUCCAUGGUACGUGGUCCCACGUUCCUACUGUACCCAGGUAUGAAGGGCGUGCUGUAAGGCGUCUUUGACAAGCGG